AUGUGUUACAAUUGUGAGCAAGAAAGUGCAAAAAAUGAGACUUUUGACGAUUUAUUUGACCACAAAACGAACAAAUCAAGCGAGAACAAUACAAUCAAAUUAGAUAGAAUAACGCAACCCUCGGCCCAAACCCAACACAUCGAACGCGCCAUCAAUUCACCAAACUCGACUAAGCCCCAGUCCGAAUUCAGGCCUAGCCCACACCUGGAAACCUACUACGAAUUUAACAAAUUUCCAGUGCCCCCGGCUUUGCCCGAAGCCAAGCAUUUUUCACAUUUGAAUUUUGGCGAGUCUUUACCACACUGGCCUACGGAGUCUCCCUGGUCGUCAAAAAUUAAAUUCCCAACGACUUCACCGGUACCAACCACCAAAGAACGCCCUUAUGAGUUUUACAACGCGGAGAAAAGCACCGGAAAAUCGUACAACGUACCGACAAAAACCGACCAACUUGUGCACAAAAACCACUUCGAUUUUAGCGCCCCGGUACCACCCAGUGGCGGGUCCAAGCUGGGCGCUAUCGCGACACCCGAGCAUGACGCUCUGGGAAGCCCCUGGAAGAAAAUAAUCAAAUUUUUGACGGCUUUCAUCCCCAUUGGGUUGCUGAUAAGUGCGCUAACGCCGACCGUGAUAACGGUCCAGUCAAUGAACGGGACACAGUUGAGGUCACGAGCGGAAAAGUCGGACCAGCCAGCGAACAAAUUGCUUUCUUCCCUCAAUUAUUUCAAUUCGGUUGGGUGCGAAGACCGGAUUUUGUGUGAGUUGGUACUGAGCGCAAGUACCACUCAAAACGCCGAGCAACACAUUGAGAACCUGCUCAACACUUUCACUGAAGAUGGAAAAGCGGUCGAGAAAGCCGAAGAGAUGAGAAGGAUCUUCGAGGCGGUUAAACGGCAAGACUGCCGGCCUAUUAUUUGCAAAAAUAUGAAAGACAAGACGUAAUUGUGAAAAAAUGACUGGGACGGCCACAUCAUGCGAGUCGUCGAUUUAGACUAAUUGGAUUUACGGUUAUUUGCAAUCAGCGAGUGAAAUUACUCUCACCCUAUUUUUCCAAUUUGGAGUGAUUCUACAAUAAAUAAGUAAAACAAUGUUAUGUAUUUGUUACGGCACCUAUUUGUUUAGUUCGCAAAACCGAUUCGGCGGCUCUGUUAUUUAACAAUAGUUAUGUUAUGAUAAUAGCCCGAAUUAGGAAGCCCAUUAAAGCGUUCCGUUCUAUUUCGGCCCAAUAAAAAAUAAUUUGCCGAAAAUCGCCGUGAAAAAGCCACUCGUGUAUAACAAAGAUGCAAUAAUUGUCUAGAAAGUGACCACAUGUCCUCGAAAGUAAAAAAAUUAAACGUGAUAAAGUAGGUAGGUAUUCAUCACUAACAACUUUCCUGACAUUCCUAUGCAUAAGCUAUACUUUACUCAACUGACCACAUCAAUAUCCAUCUCAUUUUUCACGAUUUUUCGCCGCUGCGCAAAUUUCUAAACGUGGCAUAUGUUGGCAACCUUUUAUUUUUAUUGUGAUGAAUGGGCGAAUAAUGAAGGAGUAAUCUUCUGUGGCGUAAACACAUGUUCGGGUUUUUAUUGAUGUCAUGGGAUGCCGACAAGCUCGUUAAAUUUAGAAAAGUACGAAAUAAUUGAUCCCCCAAUUUGCGAUUUAAUUUAAUUAGUGCGUCGAGUGGUAACGAGCACUAAUUAAUUAGCAAAUUUGUCAAACUUUCCAUUUUACCUAGAAUUUCCAAGUUUUAUGUGCCAAUACCAAGGGGAAGGUCAGGUCUGAUUUUAUAUAACUCGUUCGGCCAAUCUUUUGCGGUCAUCUUGCGCACAAAAACAAAUACAAAUUCGAUAGCGUUUAUGAUUUAUUUCGUUUGGUGUCGCGGAGAAAAUUAUUAUCUCUAAUAACAUCUAUGAUAUUGCUAAUUUCGUUGCAGACACUUAACACAGUUGUUUAAUUAUAAUUCAACGUCCACAUUCAUUAUUUUUACUGUUGACAUUCGUGUCAGAGAAAGAUGAUUUUGUGCCACGAAGGAAUCUUACCAGAAAUACAAGACCAUCAAACUUAUUUAAAUAUAGGUCUCCAGAUAACUUAAUUUAGGUGCAUUCUGUUUUGACAGAGCCUCUAAUAGAAAUCAAAAGGGAUUAAGGUCACGAAGUGCUCGCAAAUAACUGGCCUUUUAUCCGAUUUAUCGAAUUGUUUUUUUAUCAUCCGUUACUCGCAAAGUAGCUGAUCUUGUCCAGUGGUUGCAAUUUUGCCUUAUCUUGUAAACUCCGUUACUGCUGAUAAAAAUUUUUCGUGCUUUAAAAGUCUGUUGUUUUAACGUUUCAAGACAAAAAGUUAAUAAAUAUUUUUAACAAGAUUAUUAGUGUCAUCACCGUCGCUAUUAAUGGAUGCAAAGAAUGUUGAUUGUUGAUUUAAUUAUUAUUAUUUUAAAAAACACUGUAGGCAACAUAAGACAAACAAAUUCUUGCCUACACAUUAUGCAAAUAGUGAAAACCGACCAACUGCUAUUUAUUGUAGGUCACUAAAUUUAUCUAUAUUAAUUUUAUACACACAGUUUGAAUUGUAAAGUUGUGUAAAAUGUGUUUUAAUAAAAUGUAUAAAAGAAUGAAU